AAGUACACGGACAGAAUCUCCAUCUCUUCGAUACUUCACCCGUUCCAUCUCAGACUGAAGUGCUGAACCCUAGAUCUUGAAGGUCUCGUUACACUCCACCAUCGUUCCUUCACAGAGACCGCCAUCGGAGCUUUCGAUCAUCGCCUUGUUCUCUCUCUUCGGGCCUUUUGUAUGGAUUUGGAUUUUUAGGUUUUCUGAUCGUUGAUUUUUUAUUGCUUGGACUAAGAGGGGCCGAGAUGUACAACGGAAUAGGGUUACAAACCCCGAGAGGUUCCGGAACUAAUGGGUACAUACAGAGCAACAGGUUCUUAAUCAAGUCAAAGACUGGGAGGGUCUCAGAAACCACCAAGGGAUUUGAGGCAAACCAGGGCACGGCUGGUAUCACCAGGAAGCCGAACAAGGACAUUCUUGAGCAUGAUUGCAAGCGUCAGAUCGAGCUCAAGCUUGUCGUACUCCAGGAUACACUUAUAGAUCAAGGUUACACUGACGCUGAGAUUGCAGAGAAGCUUGAGGAUGCCCGGAGGACUCUGGAAGCCGCCGCAGCCACCUCCCAGGAUGGGCCCACGGCCAUUGCUGGGGCUAACAAUAAGCUUUCAGAGACACAGACCCACCAAAUUGCUGCUAGAAAAGAGAAGCAGCUGGAAACUUUAAGAGCUGCUUUUGGGAUUUCUGCAUCAGAACUUGAGGAACACAGUAUUGAAGGGAAUGAUGAUGCAAGAGAUGGCCAGAAAAAUGUUCCUAGUGACAAUAUCAAGCGUGAACAUGCUUUUCUAGAUAGAGAGUUCAGGUCAAAGAAAAAUAUGGAGGAAGAUCAGAAAGUUGAAAAAGAUGAUAAGAAAAAGGGUGUUAAAGAGUCUGGGCGCCACAAGAAGGAAGAAACUAAAAAGAGAAGGCAUGAGUCUGAUUCUUCUGAUACAGAUAGCAGUGGGAAACAUGCAAAAGGUCUUCAAGCAAAGCACCACAGAAGUAAUAGGCGGAGUGAUCAUGACAUUUCUGUUGAUAAGAAACACAGGCCUUUAAAGAAGCACAAGAAAAGCAGGGUGCAUGACAGUGAUGAUUCGGAUUCUGCCACAGAUUCUGGUGAGAAUGUCGAUGUGCGCAAGACUUCAAAGAAUCACAACAAAAGCAGGGUGCACGACAGUGAUGAUUCUGAUUCUGCUACUGAUUCUGAUAGGGAUGUUGGCAAGAAGCACAAGACCUCAAAGAAUCACAAGAACAGAAAGCACGAUAGUGAUGAUUCUGAGUCUGAUUCUGAUUCUGUUAUUGAUGAGGAUGGUAUUGGCCAUGAGAGUUCCAAAAAACAGGCCAAGUACAAGAAGUCAAGUAGGAGGCAUGGUUCUGAUGAUGAUUCUGAUUUUGAUGAAGGCUCGUCCAAGCAGCAAAGUCAGAAGGGGAAUCAGCAAACACAAACUAGGGGAAGACAUGACUCUGAGGAUGAAACUAAUGAUACCAAUAGUGAAGUAGAAGAGAGAAGAAUUCAACUGGAGAAAGAGAAUGAUCAGCAUAGUAGGGGCCGAUGGAAAGAGGGAGUUGACUCUGAUGUGGAAGAUAUAAAAAAAAGCAGCAAUGGUAGACAUGGGAAAAGAAGCAGAAUGAAUGAUGUGGUUGAUGAAUAUGAUUCUGAAAGAGCAAGAAAACAUAAAAGGGAAAUAACAGAUAAAAGUCUGAGAAGUCGGAGGCAUGACUCUGACGAUGAUGAUUUUGGUACUGGUACAGAUGAACAAAUAAAGAAGGGUGGAAUUAGGAGGCACAAUACUGAUGAGGACUAUGGUGUCAGUUAUGAUCAGAGAAAUGCUAAUAGGACUGCAGGGAAACAUAAAACAGUUGAAGAGGCAGCAGUUUCUCCACGCAAUGACAUUGAUAAUGAUCUCUACAGGUCAGGGAGAGAUACUAUGGAUAGAUCCAGGUACAGGAGUCAAGAAGUAAUGAAGGGGAAGAGGAAUCCUGAUGAUGGAAAAGAAGAUCCUGAGUCCAAGUUAUCUAGCCGCAAUUAUGUAAAAGAGGCAGAGCACAUUGGGGAGCAAUUGAAGGACUCUAAACUCAAGUAUGAAUUGAAUACCAAAGCACACUUGAGCAAGGAUGAUCAUAAGAGGGACACAAGGCUUAGAUCUGUGGGACAGCAGGAUAGCAAAACUGUUGAACAGGGUGGCAGAAGUUAUAGCAAGGAUGAUGAACCACAACGCAUCAGUAGAAAGGAUGAUCGGGUGCAUGAGGAGCUUGGGGGAAGGGGAAGACAAAGCAGAUAUGAAGAGGAGCACAGAGUGAGAAAGCACAGAAGAGAUGAAGAUUAUGAAUAUACAAGGCAUGAGAGGGCUAAUGCAGAGCAGCGAGGCGGAAGUAGAAGGCAGGCAAGAGGUGAGGAAGUAGAGCGUGAAAAUAGAAGUCAUGAGAUGGACAGACGUAUGGAUUACUCCAAGAGAGCAAGAUACGAUGAUUUGCGAUCAAGCGAGAGAAAAAUGUAUGAUGACAGACGUGAUGAUGACAGAGCCAGGCGCUGAGAAUAAUACUGCCAUUUAUCUUGGAGUUGCAAUGCGGAUGGUGAGUUGGUAUCCUCCCUUGAAAUCUAUAUACAUGUAUUGCUUGUUAUCUAAAAAGAUCAAAGUUGGGCUGGGCUGGGGUUUCUUCUCCAACCGAAUUUUUUGGUUUCCGUUGGUGGUUUUCUGAUUUUCAAUGUGUUGUUACCGUGCUUGUCACGUAGAAGGUGCCUAAAUAAGCUGUCGCCGGAGAGAGAUGAAUCCUACGUGCAGAGAGAGGAUUUACGGUGGAAGAUUCUCUACUCCAAUGUACCAGACGGAUGGCUAUGCAGAAGUUUGCAACUUGGUAAUAUAGAUCUAAGGGAGUGUUCUUUUCAUCUAAACUUGGUACUCGGUCAUUUCUUACUUUGAACAAGUUUGUAAGGGUGUGUUGUUUUCAUUGUAAUGAUAUGAAUGUGAUUUUACCUCAGUUUAUAAACCUUGCUAUAUCUGAUUAUUUACAAGGAUGGUGAGAGGAUGUUAUUA